GAAAUCAAAGUUCAAAGGCGAACAACUUUAUUUUAUUGAGAUCAUAAUCCACAGAAAACCUUAUCUCUGCUCAUCAAUAAACCAUAGAACCUUUAUCUGCGGCACUCCUGCUUCCCGAGCUAUUAAAAUAAUCGAUAUUUCUUAAAUUUGGAUCAGUUUUCCAGUUCCCUUUGAGAUGUUCAGAGCGAAAAAUCUCGUCUGUGCCUUCCGGGCUUUCAGUGUCCAGGCUGCAAAGAUUGAUGCAGCCAAGGCUAAGAAGCUCCAGGAAGUGGCAAUGCACAAAGAAAAGUGCAUUCUAGUGGACAAUAACGGUCGUUCCCUGGGCCCGAUCAGCAAAUACGACUGCCACCGGGUAGAAGGCGGACACGUUAAGGCUCACAGGGGCUUCAGUGUGUACCUCUUUAAUACCCAGGGACAAAUGCUGCUUCAGAAACGGUCCAAAUAUAAAUUCACCUACCCGGAUUUGUAUACCAAUACCAUUUGCUCUCAUCCUUUGUAUAACAUUGAAGAGGAACGGGAUGAGUUGAAUGAGAUUGGUGUCCGUUUGGCAGCCCAGAGGAGGCUCAAUUAUGAAUUGGGCAUCCCAGUUCAUCAGAUUGACCCGGAAAGCUUCCACUACAUGACCAGAAUUCAUUAUGAACAUCUUGGAGAUGGAACUUGGGGUGAACAUGAGAUUGCCUACAUGUUCGUCUUACAAGGAGAUUUCCAUUUGAAUCCAAAUCCUUCAGAGAUCAGCGAGAUACGCUUUAUCACUAAAGAGGAACUCGACAAGGAAAUUCAAUUUGCGCCGCUAACGCCUUGGUUUAAUCUUCUUUUGAAAAAACAUUUUAUUAGAACUUGGUGGGACAAUCUUGAAAACUUGGACAAAGUUAAAGAUCAUGAAAUCCAGAGAUUUUAACUCGAAGCAUCGGGAAGUUGUUAGAGAAGGAGUUUUCCACCGUUUUACUCUGGAGUAGGUUGGCUGCCAACUCUAAGACGUCGGUGGCCUCAUAAUCACAGAUCUAGCUCAAAACUAAAUUUACUACACUUUAAAGUCAUUGGUGAUAGAUAUAUAAAAUAUCUGUCUAUCGAAUUACAGGGGCUUUAGAAUUAGAAAACAAACUGAUGGUUUAUGGAUUCAUUCAGUAAAAAUGUAAAAGAUUUAUAUCCUAAUUUUACUGUUCUAUUUUAAAUAAAGAAAUAUGUUAAGAUACUUUGGAAAUUCAAUAAAUUCAGCGAAAUCAAAAAAAAAAUCCGAAAACACCUUACUGAU